AUGAGACAACUUCAUUAUAGCCCCUUGAAUGAUGCACAAGGAUCCAUACGUCUCUUGCAAAUCAGUAAAGGAUGGGGCAGGGAAGAAAUAUCAUGUUCACUAUUUCAAACAGUCCUUGUCCUCGACGAAAACCAGGCCCCGGACAGAACCCUUAUAAUCCCGUAUAUAGCGCUAUCCUACGUCUGGGGUCGCGAAGGGUUCGAUCACCAGAUUCUUAUAGAUAACCAGCCGUUUAUGGUAAAACCAAAUCUGUUCUCAGCACUCCAGCAUAUCCGCCGUACCGAUCAAGACGUGAUUCUAUGGGUCGACGCGAUCUGCAUAAAUCAACGAGACAAAAAAGAGAGAGGUCAUCAAGUAGCGCAGAUGCGCUAUGUCUAUGAGGCGGCGGAAGAAGUGGUUAUUUGGUUAGGCAAAGGCGACGAGGAAACAUCGAAUCUGAUCAAGGCAGUUCACAGCAUCGACGAGAAAGCCAAAAAGGCUGGGCCCAGGGCAAACUACAAAGACUGGAUCAAGCGGUGUGAAGAGCUCAUGCCGAAAGAGCUAGGAAGCGCUGGGUCGCCACUACGUUUAGAAAGAAGCAGCGCUCUUUGCAAACUUCUCAAGAACAAGUGGUUCGAAAGAGUCUGGAUCCUCCAAGAGAUCGCAAGGGCUAAAACAGCUAAAAUCGUAUGCGGCAACAGUUCAUGUCCUGCACGAACCUUCAGCUUCAUACCACACCUUAUGGACAUGAAAGUCGAUAAUCAUGUUCAGGCCGUGCUCGAUAUCAUGCCACGAAUCCGCGAAGGCACAUGGUGGUCCUCAAAUCGAAACCUGCAUCACCUCAUUCAAGAAUUCUCCGGAAGUCAGGCUUCCAUGAACAGAGACAAAGUCUAUGCUUUACUAUCUAUGUCAGAAGAUGCCCACGACUCUAGACGAUUCUUUCCAUGCUAUGAAAAGGAUGACAGAACUGUAUGGAUAGACACUGUAUCAUUUCUGCUAUUUCGCAAGAUUCUCAGCCAAGAUUACUCGUUUCCCGACUUUGGAUUUUCAGAUCUACGACGUCCGAUAAUUGAACUUGUUAGAGAAACGCUCGAAUGGGCUAUUACUGAACAGGGGUUCUUCCAAGUCUCUGCUCAAAAAACGGCACGGAUCCUCUGUCAGCGUCUAAACGAGGGCGAUUUGGAUAAACAUGCGGUGCUAGAGUCAGUGGCAAGAAAAUAUGGACAGGAGAAAAGCAUGCGUGAGCUCUUAUCCAAGAGCAAUUAUCACAUCGGCAUCGAAUUCUCAGAGGCGCAAGCGAUCUUGAGUGCCACAUCUGAUGAACAAGGCGUGGCCAGUAUUGGGAUGGCAUUUUACUUUCUAAGUUUGGACGAUGUCGAUUCAGCUUCUGACAGCCACCGUUUAUCUCUCAAGUACCGCCUACUCGUCCAAAAGGCAGUCUUGCAACAGCCUACUCUACAAAACGGCCCAUUGGUAAUGGUUUUCAAACAACGUGAUCUGUCACCUUUCCCAUUACCAAAGAUCAUGAAAUUCCCGUCUUUCCGCUUCGAACAUGAUGAGAACAUGUUUGAAACGAUAGACAGACUGGUUCAAGACAAGGCUCCACUGCAUGAGUUACUUUGGGCACAUACAUGGGCAGGAAAUGAGGGUGCCGUUGAUGAUCUACUAGAAAGAGGGGUCAUCCCGGGUGAAUCUGAUGUCAGAGGAUUCGGAGCGGUUCAUCUUGCUGCAGUCAAGGGACACAUGAAAGUUAUGGUGGUGCUGAUCAAGGCCGGCGCAUGUUUAGAUAAACGCAGCGUUGAGGGAAACACGGCACUCCAUUUUGCAGCGGCUCAGGGACUGUUCCACGUGGUAGGGCUACUACUGUUGUAUUGUGCUGAUGUCGACAUAGCGGAUCGUGAAGGCAAAACGGCGCUUCAUUUUGCCGUGACUCAGUCAUACUUACAUGUCGUGAGACUUCUACUGUUGUAUGGUGCUGAUAUAUACCAAGUUGAUAGUGAAGGCAGAACGGCGUUUAGCCUCGCCAGGGAACGCGGCGAUGCAGAAAUGGAAAACAUGUUACUCCGACGGCGGCUGAACGAUGUAGAAUAA